AUGUCACGGCGACUGAUUGUUGAGUGCUUAGGCAGUCUGUCCGCAAUCAAUCGCCUGAUCACAUUUGGAGAUCUUUUGAUCGGAUGUCUGGAUGUCAUUUUCCCAAGUCUGGUGGCAGUCGGGCGUCACAUCGGUUUAACAGGUCCGUUGCGCGUCUUCAAUACGUCUAAUCAAGCUCGACUCCCUGCAAAGGUCAUCGAGCAAGAUGGCUUUGCCAUCCCUGGACUUGCUAUUCGGGCUUACAUACGAUGUGUUCACUGCACCCUUACCAAGCGUAACGGCUUCGAAAGCGUCUUCCAUUUCCACCCCAACUCGACUCCGACGUCUGGACAGACGCAUUCCGACGCUUGUAAGGCGUCGAAGCAUGAAGCUGUGUGCAUUCUCGUCCCGGACCCUCCUCCCUUAACGCAAAUUGGCCAUGGAGUGGAAAGAAUAAGGAGCCAUGUACGAGACCACCCUCCUGGGAACGGUCACCACAUACCCGAACUUGCGCAAGUCGCUGCAGACGGGUAUCCUCAGUCCACGACCGCUACAACUACCGAGCCAGGGGCUGCCUGUGGUGCUUGGAGCUCUUUGAGGACACUUUGGGCCAAUUUGAGUUUGCCAGAGGUUGCUCAAACAUUGCCUUCGUCUCCGAAUCUAGGACCGCAUCCUUUUGCCACCGAAUGCCCCGCCGAGACGAACCAUAGAUUGCACCGCCGCAAGCGUCAUGCCGUGACCGAAGUGGGCUCCUUCGGUCUAGCCCAAGUUGAUUUCAUGGGCCUGGUGAAGACCCAUGAGUCUCCGGCCGCUGCGUCUCUUGCUUGUCUCGAAACCUCACCCGCAUUUGCCUGUCCCACAAGCAUGUCACUACACGCCUCACAUCUUGACCCGCUUUCAAUUCGAACUUUAGGCUUGACACAUUCAUCGGAUGAUGAUCUGCUUGUCUCAUGGGAGGCCGUGGCCUGCUGUCAGGGAACUGCUAGUCUCACUAAGAAUGGUCUAGGGUGUAACACGGCGCCGAUGUGUCUCCGAUUAUGGCAGACGUCUUGUGUGGACAUGCUGGGGGUUGAAUGGCUUUCUGGGAUGGCACAGGGGCUGGGCGUCAGUUCGCCCAUUGUUGUCCGUGGUGGAUUGGGGUGA